GCCACCGUAGCGGGACCGGCGGAGGCCCCGCGGCGGCCGAUGGUCCGCGUUGUGCCGCCGCCCCCCGCCCGCCCCGCUCCCACCCGGCAGCGGCCGCAGAUGGCGCGGCGGGGACCGGGCAGGCGGGGCGGGAGGUCACCGGCGCCGCCGCCGCCGCCGCUGCUGGCGCUGCUGCUGUUGUUGGUGCUGGGCCCCGCCGCCGCCGCCGGCGAGGAGGUGGCGGUGUCCAAGGAAUGCGACAAGCCGUGCGCCAACGGCGGGCGGUGCCAGCCGGGCACCGGGCAGUGCGAGUGCCAGCCUGGCUGGGUGGGCGAUCAGUGCCAGCACUGCGGGGGGCGCUUCAGACUCACUGAACCUUCAGGGUAUGUCACAGAUGGGCCUGGAAAUUACAAAUACAAGACAAAAUGCACCUGGCUCAUUGAAGGAAGGCCAAACACAAUCCUCAGGCUUCGAUUCAAUCACUUUGCCACAGAGUGCAGCUGGGACCAUUUGUAUGUGUAUGAUGGAGACUCAAUUUAUGCUCCCUUACUUGCAGCUUUUAGCGGUCUUAUUGUUCCAGAGAAAGACAGCAAUGAAACAGUACCCGAAGUUGUAGCUACUUCUGGCUAUGCUCUUCUACAUUUCUUCAGUGAUGCUGCCUAUAAUCUCACAGGGUUUAACAUCACCUAUAAUUUCAAUAUGUGUCCCAAUAACUGCUCUGGCCAAGGGGAGUGCAGGCUCAACAGCAGCACCAUGGCCCUGCAGUGUGAGUGUGCGGAGCGCUGGAAGGGAGAGGCUUGUGACAUUCCCUACUGCCCGGAGAACUGUGGGGCACCUGAGAGAGGCCAGUGCAACCCCAAUGGCUCUAAAGCAUGUUUGUGCUCUGCAGGCUGGCAAGGUCCUGGCUGUUCAAUUCCUCUUCCUGCAAACCAGUCAUUUUGGACCCGGGAGGAAUACACUCUUCCAAAACUUCCUAGAGCAUCUCACAAAACUGUCAUCCAUGACAAUAAAAUGUGGAUUGUUGGAGGCUAUGUCUUCAAUCAUUCUGACUCUCAGAAGGUUUUAGCGUAUGAUCUUAUUUCUGAAGAGUGGCUUCCACUGAACAACUCUGUGAACACAGUAGAGAUGAGAUAUGGUCAUUCACUGGCAUUGCACAAGGAUAAGAUCUACAUGUAUGGUGGUAAGAUAGAUGCCACGGGGAACGUGAGCAGCCAGCUGUGGGUGUUCCACAUCCCCAGCCAGAGCUGGGCCGCGGUGGCGCCCAAGGCCAAGGAGCAGUACGCCGUGGUGGGGCACUCGGCGCACAUCGUCACGCUGCACGACAACAGCACCGUCAUGCUCGUCCUGUUUGGGCACUGCCCCCUCUACGGCUACAUCAGCAACGUCCAGGAGUACAACCUGGUGACAAAUACCUGGAGCAUCUUACAGACGAGCGGAGCUUUGGUGCAAGGAGGAUAUGGUCACAGCAGUGUUUAUGAUCCAAAUACAAGAUCAAUCUACAUCCAUGGGGGUUACAAAGCGUUCAGUGCCAACAAGUACAGGCUGGCAGAUGAUUUGUACAAAUAUGAAGUUGAUUCCCGUAUGUGGACUAUUUUGAAAGACAGCCGAUUUUUCCGCUACUUGCACACAGCUGUGAUAGUGAGUGGGACCAUGCUGGUGUUUGGAGGAAACACUCACAAUGACACCUCCAUGAGCCACGGAGCCAAGUGCUUUUCUUCAGAUUUUAUGGCCUAUGAUAUUGCCUGUGAUCGAUGGUCUGUCCUGCCUCGCCCAGCUCUCCAGCACGAUGUGAACAGGUUUGGGCACUCUGCUGUGCUGUACAACAGCACCAUGUAUGUAUUUGGAGGCUUCAACAGCCUCCUCCUGAGUGACAUCCUGAAGUUCACACCUGAGAGAUGUGAGGCUUUUGACAAGGAGACGUCCUGCCUUCGGGCAGGUCCUGGUGUCAGAUGUGUGUGGGCUCCCCGCCCUCCUCGCUGCAUCCCCUGGGAAAAUGCAACAGUGGAGCAGCAGCAAAAGGUCUUUGAAGACUGUCCUGCCAAGCCAGUUGUAGACAAUGAAAAAUGUGAUCAGAUUACAGACUGCUACAGCUGCACCGCCAACACAAACAGCUGUCAGUGGUGUUCUGACCAGUGUAUCCCAGCACACAACAACUGCACAGAGGAACAGGUUCCUGUUACUGUCUAUGACAAUUGUCCUAAGGAUAAUCCUGCCUAUUACUGUAACAAAAAGACGAGUUGUAAAAGCUGUGCCAUGGAUCAAAACUGUCAGUGGGAACCUAGGAAUCAGGAGUGCAUUGCUUUGCCAGAAAAUAUCUGCGGAACAAACUGGCAUUUGGUUGGCAAUUCCUGCCUGAAGAUCACCAAUGCCAAGGAGAACUACGAUCAUGCCAAACUGUCCUGCAGGUCCAACGGUGCUUUACUGGCUUCUCUCACCACACAGAAAAAGGUGGAAUUUGUUCUGAAGGAGCUGCAGAAAAUCCAGUCUUCAUCCAAAACUUUGACUCCAUGGGUUGGACUAAGGAAAAUCAAUGUGUCCUAUUGGUGCUGGGAAGACAUGUCUCCCUUCACCAACACCCUCCUCCAGUGGCUUCCCAGUGAACCAAGUGAUGCUGGAUUUUGUGGAUAUUUAGCUGAGCCUUCCCAGCAGGGAUUGAAGGCAGCAACGUGUAUCAACGAGGUCAACGGCACUGUCUGUGAAAGGCCAGCCAACCACAGCGCCAAGCAGUGCCGCACGCCCUGCGCGCUGCGCGCCGCCUGCGCCGAGUGCACCAGCGGCAGCUCCGAGUGCAUGUGGUGCAGCAACAUGAAGCAGUGCGUGGAUUCCAACGCCUACGUGGCCUCCUUCCCCUACGGGCAGUGCAUGGAGUGGUACACCAUGAGCAGCUGUCCACCUGAAAACUGCUCAGGCUACUGCACAUGUGCUCAGUGCUUGGAGCAGCCGGGCUGUGGAUGGUGCACGGAUCCAAGCAACACCGGGAAGGGGAAGUGCAUGGAAGGCUCUUACCGGGGUCCUGUCAGGAUGCCAACCUCAUCCACGCCAGGGAAACACAGCUUGGAGCCUGUCCUCAAUGUCAGCAUGUGUUCUGUGGAGAACAGCUACAACUGGUCCUUUAUUCAGUGUCCAGCCUGUCAGUGUAACGGGCACAGCAAGUGUGUAAAUGAGAGCAUUUGUGAGAAGUGUGAGAACCUGACCACGGGCAAGCACUGUGAGACCUGUAUCUCGGGCUACUACGGGGAUCCCACCAACGGGGGCACGUGCCAGCCUUGUAAGUGCAAUGGCCACGCGUCCGUCUGCAACACAAACACGGGGAAAUGUUUCUGCACAACCAAGGGAAUCAAAGGAGACGAGUGUCAGCUAUGUGAAGUUGAAAACAGAUAUCAGGGAAAUCCACUUAAAGGAACGUGCUACUAUACUCUUCUCAUCGACUAUCAGUUCACCUUCAGCCUUUCCCAGGAGGACGAUCGCUAUUACACAGCAAUCAACUUUGUAGCAACACCUGAAGAGCAAAACAGAGACCUGGACAUGUUCAUCAAUGCAUCUAAAAACUUCAACCUCAACAUUACUUGGUCCACAAGUUUUGCAGCUGGCACACAGGCUGGGGAGGAAAUUCCAGUUGUUUCCAGAACCAAUAUAAAAGAAUAUAAGGAUAGUUUCUCCAAUGAGAAAUUUGAUUUCCGCAACAACCCGAACAUCACAUUCUUUGUUUAUGUCAGCAAUUUUACGUGGCCCAUAAAAAUACAGAUUGCAUUCUCACAGCACAGCAACUUUAUGGAUCUGGUGCAGUUCUUUGUGACAUUUUUCAGUUGUUUCCUGUCAUUGCUCCUGGUGGCAGCUGUGGUUUGGAAGAUUAAACAAAGUUGCUGGGCAUCACGACGGAGAGAGCAACUACUGCGUGAGAUGCAACAGAUGGCAAGUCGCCCCUUCGCCUCCAUCAACGUUGCCUUAGAAACAGAUGAGGAGCCACCAGAUCUCAUCGGGGGAAGCAUAAAGACUGUACCAAAGCCGAUCGCGCUGGAGCCCUGCUUUGGGAACAAAGCAGCCGUUCUCUCGGUGUUCGUGAGGUUGCCUCGAGGACUUGGGGGUAUUCCACCACCAGGACAGUCAGGUCUCGCAGUGGCCAGUGCACUGGUGGACAUUUCACAACAGAUGCCAAUUGCCUACAAAGAGAAAUCGGGCGCGAUACGAAAUCGGAAGCAGCAGCCCCCUGCACAGCCAGGAACCUGUAUUUGAUGCAUGGACAUCAGAAACUGUCUAGGGUUUUAAACAAAAUGGGAAAGUAAUACCGAGGAGGAGAAGGAGGAGGAGAAAGAUUUCCAAGUUGUGUCCCAAGAGACUAGAAGCACCCAGAAAAAACCACAACUUCCUUGAACCCAGUUUUUUUCUCUCAUCUAUGUGCUAGCUGGCUUUAUUUGACAACUGCUCCACUUAAGUUUUACUGACACAUGGCUUCAGAUUGCUCCUUUGUUUUCUUCGAGUUUAAAGCAAAAUAAUUUUAUUGCAGGUGCGGUAAGGUCCGAUGCCGCCAUUCCUGGUCAGUGUAAAUACUACAGUAGUCCAAUAUGAAUGACUCAGGUUUCUACAUGGAAAGUGCUUUGUAGUUCAUGUAUUUAUCAAACUGUACAAAAAGAAAAAGAUCAAGUGUUUACAGGUGUCAGCUCUCAACACAUAAACACUACUAUUAAUCUUCAAAGCAUCUUCAUCCUUUGUUUUCAUUUAAUAUUCAAUUGUUCCCUCAUUACUUCAGUGGAACUCUCUUCCAGGCACAGCCUUUUUGUAGUCACCAUGGUCCAGAAAUGCAAAAGCUGGGAUGGUUUAAAGGUUGAUGUUGCUCAGACCACAUGAAAUAACUGGAAAGUUGGAUGUUGCUUUGGAAAGACUCAGUGUUUACAUAGUCUUAACCUGCUUGGAGUACACCACACACAAGUGCCUAGACGUGAACAAAUCUAGGGAGUGAGGAGACUGCUACACAUGCUGCUUUUGAACAUAAUUCAAUUCCUUUAAAGGUAUGUUUGCUCACAUCUAGAGUCACCCAAGGCACUCUGUCCCGUGCAGUUAGAGGAAAAUCACGUUUUCCUGACCAACCAACUACUCAGCCAGAUGGAAAUAUCUGGAAGGCACAUAGAGUUUCAGUAUCUCAUAAGAAAACUCCCAGUUUCACCAGCAUUUUCAUAGAAGCAGUCUGUGUUCCAGGUCAGAUACAUCUCAUUUUUCUGAUUUUGGCCCCUUUCCUUCCCCUUCCCUCCUGCCAUCCUUCUGGAUGAGAGCUGAGCUUGGAGGCAUUGCUCCUCAGUGGUUAUGAUUUGCUCCAUCUUCUUGCAGGGUGUAAAAAGCAGCACUCCAGGUGCCAGAUCACUUGAGGAUGCAGUAGAAAAAGAACUUUAAAUAAAAGUCAAGCAGAACAGCUUUGUUUUGCCACAGGUUUGAGUUCUACAUGAUCAGAUCCUGGUAUUUCCUGUUGGGUUUGAGCUCUGUUAGAUGCUGGAGAAGUGGCUGGUUGGUGAAAGGAUGAGACUUGCAAACAGCAAAGAGAGGGUUUGGCAUUUGGGGGGUGCAUCAAACCACCUGAACUACUCUGACAAGCUGGGAUUGUGUUUUGAGGCUCCAGGUUGGACUGUGGAUGUGUGACACCCAUCAUCUGUGUGUGGUGGUGUCCCUGGAGCUGGGAACGUGGCAGGGCCAGGGCUGCUGGAGCUGGAGAGAAGAUGUUAGUGAAGAGCCAAACGAGGUGUGCAAUUACUGCUUCAUCACAGUCAUUGUGGAUUCAUCCAGCUCACUGAGCUGCUGGGUUCUGUUCAGGAUAUCUGAUAUUUAAUAAGUGGAGAAGUAACAUGUGGAAGGGAAGUGCUCCUGGAUCUGGCCAGGUAGCACAUUCCCAAACCAAAACCCAAAUAACUGCUCUAUUUUUGUGCGUGUUCUGGUGAUCAGUCACAUAUCAGCCACUCGUUUCUGGGGUGUUUUCUUUCUAACCAUGUAUUUUGAAGAAGCUCUUUGGAGCCUGGCAGCAUUGCAAUAAAGAGGUGAAUUGCUGUGUGUGUCUGGACAGUGGUGAUGGGAACAGCCUGAUGGUUUAAGGACUGUGGUGGAUGAUAAUUCUGAUUUAAUGUGUCAUCUAACAAGUGCAAUGGGACUGCAAAAAAACAUUGGGACUGCAGAAAAAUAUUGGGAAAAAAUGCAUUAUAUAUAAAUAUAUAUAAAUGCAUCUCUUUCUAAACUAGAAGUUUCAGUGCUCUCUGGGAAGAAGGAGUUAUGAGGGGAAAAGGGUUGAGCUCUGUUUUAAAAUGAAGGGAUUUAGGCAAGUUUUACCUGAUGUAUGGAUUACCUCAGACAGAUUCAUCUCCUGAUAAUAUUUUCUAAUUUGCUCAGUGAUAGGAUUAAUCUGAACUGGAGAAAUAAGACUGGACUAAAAUCCCCCCCCUGUUUCUGCAUGUUUUCAGCCACGAUGCACGUCCUCAUGUUUGCAGAUUUCUUCUCACUGUUUUUGGGCAGAGAACUGCCAGCCCAGAUGGUGAAAGCCCCUGUGCUUGAGUUUCCCUCUCCAGGACAGCACUUGAGCAGGUGCUUCAAGGUGUUGGGUUUUCCUGAUCACAAACAGCUUUCAGAACUGUGGGCCUGGAGGGAUAAUAGAUUUUUACAUUUAUAAAAAGACAUAAAUACAGAAUUUGGGAUGUUUUCUCACUCCUGGAGAGCUGAGCUGUCUGGUGUGGAAAACCUACAGUGUGCCCAGGAGUGUGGCCAAAACGCAGUGUCAGAGACUGGAAAAAUGAGCAAAAAAGAUCAAAGUCAAGGUUUAUUAGAACCAAAAAAUGUAAAUAGAGCGACAAAAGUUACUUAUACAAACAAAAGGAACUGUCUCCUUUUGGGUGCAGCUGUGCCCUGCAUCUGAUCUCCAUCGUGAUGAGGGAGAAGAGAACUCUCAUACACAGCUCUGCUGCAGUUUCAUCCCAGCUUAGAGGUAAACAGGAAAAAAGUGGUAAAGAAUAGGGGAAAGAAGAAUUGCUGGCAGUUUAUCAGCAGGCCAGUACCAGAAGUGAAGGAUUUUUGGGUUAUUUCAUUUGGAGGUGAGAUGGGGGAGAAAGAACAACCUUAUUUCAAGGGAGAAUCUGUAAAUAAAUGACAAAUGACACACAGAUUUUGCACUUGUACAUAAAUUCUACAGUAACGUGCAGAACAUGGAGAGAUAUAAAGUGUAUAUAAACCAGAAAAAAUAUUGAAUGUAUUUUUGAUGCAUUUUAAAUGAUGUAUGAGUUUUGUCUUAAUAACUCCUUCAUCUGAUCAGUAUUAGAUAACUUUCCAGAGCUUUAAACAUCAGAUUAUAUCGCGAUAUCUUGCAAAGCAGGGAGGCAUAACUUGACUUUUGUGUGUUCAAAUGCAUUUUACUUAAAUGUAGAAACCAAGUAAAAUAAUGGCUUUUCCAUUUGGAAGGGGAAAAAGCAACAUUUGGAGACAAGUAAUAAAUGUCCUUAAAGUGGUCACUUCGUGGAGGAUUAAAUCAGUAGUUUAAGGCCUUUGUACUUAAGUUGUGGCAGUGUUUCCAUUCAAAAUCACUAUUUUCAGGCAUUUAUAACUGGCUGAAAUUCAGCAUUCAAAAUCUCAACCUCAGAAGAUUUUCAUUCUCUGAGAGGAGCCUUUAAAAAAAUCAGUAAUAAAAUUUCAGAACUGGGUCCCUUUUAUUCUAGAAAACAACGGUGCCAGUGGAUCUCCAAAUAACACACUUUUUUUUUUUUUAAUUCACCAUUUUUCGUGGUGUUUAGCCCAGAAUUUUCACUGGGCUGUUGUAGCAUGACCUUGCCAUGCUCUGGCUCAAUAUUUUGAAUACAAGAUUUAUGAGAUGCAACUUUUCAGUUCUUAUUAUAAUUUUCCGUGGGCUUAAAACACAUUCUAUUGAAAUUACCAAAAUAAAGCCAUUUAUGAUGGGGUAAUGCCUGUGAUUAACAUCAAGCCAUGGAGUAUAAUGUCCCAAAAUUCAGUGCUGUGGUGCCAUGGACAUGGCAGCCUCUGCUGGCAGAUCCACCCUGCCUGGGGGCAGUUCAUGCACUGCAGAUGCCUCAGAAGCACCAUUUCUGUGCAGGAAAUGUCACCAAGAUCCGCAGGCUCUGCCUUUGUGGGGUGGUGCUGAACGGCAGCUCAGCUUGCCUGCCCUAAAUGAGCUGUAAGGAGGGUUGGAGGCUGAAAUCAAACUUUGGGCCUUCUCAAAAUCCCUCUGGAGUGCCAGUGCCACGCAGCUGGGCUGUCCCUCCAUCCUCUGCUGCUCCAGGUGUUCCCAGCUGCUGCUCCUUUUCCAUGAGACCCUGAGCUGGGGACAGGCUCCAGCUCCACCCUGGAACCCUGAACCCCUUUCCUGGAAACGGGGAUUUGCUGCACUGUGAGAGAGCAGCGAGCAGACUCUGCGUGCCCAGAGCAGCUUCCAGCUCCUCUGUCCCCCCCAGAAAGUGGAGGCUGUUGUGCUGUCCCAGUUCAGGCUGUUGUGCUGUCCCAGUUCAGGCUGUUGUGCUGUCCCAGUUCAGGCUGUUGUGCUAUCCCAGUUCAGGCUGUUGUGCUAUCCCAGUUUAGGCUGUUGUUCCUCUCCUGGUUUAGGCUGUUGUUCCUCUCCCAGUUUAAGCUGUUGUUCCUCUCCCAGUUUAAGCUGUUGUUCCUCUCCCAGUUCAGGCUGUUGUUUCUCUCCCAGUUUAGGCUGUUGUUCCUCUCCCAGUUUAAGCUGUUGUUCCUCUCCCAGUUUAAGCUGUUGUUCCUCUCCCAGUUUAAGCUGUUGUUCCUCUCCUGGUUUAGGCUGUUGUUCCUCUCCCAGUUUAGGCUGUUGUUCCAGUUUAAGCUGUUGUUCCUCUCCCAGUUUAAGCUGUUGUUCCUCUCCCAGUUUAAGCUGUUGUUCCUCUCCCAGUUUAGGCUGUUGUUCCUCUCCCAGUUUAGGCUGUUGUUCCAGUUUAAGCUGUUGUUCCUCUCCCAGUUUAAGCUAUUGUUCCUCUCCCAGUUUAGGCUGUUGUUCCUCUCCCAGUUUAAGCUGUUGUUCCUCUCCCAGUUUAAGCUGUUGUUCCUCUCCCAGUUUAAGCUGUUGUUCCUCUCCCAGUUUAGGCUGUUGUUCCUCUCCCAGUUUAAGCUGUUGUUCCUCUCCCAGUUUAAGCUGUUGUUCCAGUUUAAGCUGUAGUUCCUCUCCCAGUUUAAGCUGUUGUUCCUCUCCCAGUUUAGGCUGUUGUUCCUCUCCCAGUUCAGGCUGUUGUUCCUCUCCCAGUUUAGGCUGUUGUUCCAGUUUAAGCUGUUGUUCCUCUCCCAGUUCAGGCUGUUGUUCCUCUCCUGGUUUAGGCUGUUGUUCCAGUUUAGGCUGUUGUUUCUCUCCCAGUUUAAGCUGUUGUUCCAGUUUAAGCUGUAGUUCCUCUCCCAGUUUAAGCUGUUGUUCCUCUCCCAGUUUAAGCUGUAGUUCCUCUCCCAGUUUAAGCUGUUGUUCCUCUCCCAGUUUAAGCUGUUGUUCCUCUCCCAGUUUAAGCUGUUGUUCCAGUUUAAGCUGUUGUUCCUCUCCCAGUUUAAGCUGUUGUUUCUCUCCCAGUUUAAGCUGUUGUUCCUCUCCCAGUUUAAGCUGUUGUUCCUCUCCCAGUUUAAGCUGUAGUUCCUCUCCCAGUUUAAGCUGUUGUUCCAGUUUAAGCUGUAGUUCCUCUCCCAGUUUAAGCUGUUGUUCCUCUCCCAGUUUAAGCUGUUGUUCCUCUCCCAGUUUCUCCUGGAGCCCCGGGAAGGGCAGGGAAGGGGCUGAGCUGCAGGAUCAGGUGGGAGAUGGAGCUGGGUGGGCUUUAGGGGGAAGGUUCUCACCGAGCGCUGGGGCUGUGGAAGGAAGGGAAGGGAUGGCUUGGGGUGUGCUCCUCAUUUUUUGAUGUAUUCUUUGCAAUUUUAGUCAAAUUCUUGCUUUUUCUGUUGGUAGCUGCUGAAAUGAGCUGAGUUUCCAUGCCAGGACUACUACAAUAUGUGUAUAUGCUGAUUUUUUCUGCAUCAGGGCAGGUUUUGUUCAGUCUGUUUCUUUGUUCUGACACUAUACACAGACUAUUUGUGUGCGUCUUCCAGGUAUUAGAAUUCUUUAGACAUUUCCUGUCUGUUUAGUAUUGAUUCCAGAAACCUCACCAGUAGAAAGAAAGAAAAAAAUAACAAUUGUUGCAGAGUGUUAUCAUAUGUCAGUCCAUUUAAAAAAAAAAAAAAAAAAAGUUUUAUAUUUCUCUGAAAUUUGUGCACAAUAAAUGUUCUUUAAACUAAGAUCCUUGAAUUAAUUGUAUCCUGGAUUUUUUUCCUCUUUAUUCUGUAAUUAUUUAUGAUUCUUAUCUGUGUUCAGACUUGAGCUUAGUUUGUUAAUAUGUAUAAUUUAGCAUUUAUUGCAUUCAUAUGUAAAUAGGAGCAAGUAUUGUAAACUAUUUCAUUGCUGGGGUUGUGGGUGUUAUACAUACACACAUUUAGGAUUGCAGGUUUUUGGUAUAAUUUUUUGUAUUGUAAAAUAACAGCUAAUUUAAAGCCGGAACGAGAAAAUUCUUGGGAGGUCUGUGCAUUUUAAAUACAAAUGUGAAGUACAUGUAUAUAAAUUAAAGUAAAUAAUGCAAAUCUUUCCUCUGAAAUAAAAAGUAGAUGAUCUGGUU